AUGCUCGGGCACGGGCGGAAGCGACAUCUAGCGGGAAGCGCAUCCCGUCUCCAGGGAGAUCGGUGCCAUGGCAACGGCGGGGAGCGGCGCCUGGACCAGGGGCACCCGCGGGGCCCGGGGCAGCGCCUGAACCACGGCACAGCCCGCGGGGGCGGGGAUGGGGGAGGGCACGCGGAUCUGAUCAGUUAUCGAUAUUAUGGAUACGAUCGAUAUCCCGUGUCGGGACGCGGGCUCGGCGCAGCCGGGACUCGAACCCGCGGCCCCGCCGCCCCCGAGCGGAACCGCGCGCCGCGCAGAGCCCGCCCCGCUCCCGCCGCCUCCUCGUCAUUGGACAGAAAGCUGUCAAUCAAUGGGAAAGCGGUCGCGGAUUGGUCGGUGGGAGGGGCGCGGCUGCGGGGGCGUGAGCGAGGGCGGGCUUCCUGCGGGCGCCUUUGCGCUGACCCCGGCAUGGCGGUGAUGGGGGUGCAGGUGGUGGUCACCCUGCUGGCCGCCAGCCUGAUGCACAAGAUGGCCCCGCACUGCUCCUUCGCCCGCUGGCUGCUCUGCAACGGCAGCCUGUACAGGUACAAGCACCCCACGGACGAGGAGCUCUGCGCCCUGGCCGGGAAGCAGCGCCCCAAGGGCAAGAGGGACAGGAGGACCAACGGGAUGACGGAGGACAAACCCCUCUCCGUGCCCCGCGACAUCGACCUGCGGCUGGACACCAGCCCCAUCACCGCCGUGGACGCUCUGGUGCUGCGCUAUUUCCUGGAGUACCAGUGGUUCGUGGAUUUCGCCGUCUACGCCAGCGCCGUCUACGUCUUCAGCGAGGGCUACUUCUGCCUGGUCAGCCCCUCCAGGGAGACCAACCUGGGCGUCCUCUGGUGCCUCCUCACCGUCCUCUUCUCCGUGAAGGUUUUCUUCACGGUGAUGCGGCAUUAUUUCCGCUCGGAGGAGGGCGGGGAGCGCUCCGUGUGCCUCAGCUUCGCCUUCCUCUUCCUGCUCCUGGCCAUGCUGGCCCUGGUGGUCCGCGAGGAGUACCUGGAGUUCGGCCUGGAGGCCGGUCUGGCCGCAGUCGCCCAUAACCUGGAGCCCAUCCUGAAGCCCCGGGGCUGGGAGUGGACGCUGCCCCUGGCCAAGCUGGCCUUCAAGCUGGGGCUGGUGGCCCUGUGCUCGUUCCUGGGCGCCUGCCUGACCUUCCCGGGGCUGCGCCUGGCACAGACGCACCUGGACGCCCUCAGGAUGGCCGAGGACAAGCCCCUGACACAGCUCCUGCUGCACGCAGGGUUCGUGGCUCCCGUGCUGGUGCUGCUGCUCUGGGUCCGGCCGCUGUCCCGGGAUCUCCUGCUCCAGGCGCCGCUGGGCACGAGGACGGUGCAGCUGCUCUCGGCCGCCUCCUUCGACUCGGCGCGGCUCUGGGCGCUGGUGGCGCUGGCGCUGCUGCGCCUGGCGGGGACGCGCCAGCACCUGCAGGCGUACCUGGGGCUGGCACCGCGCUGGGCACGGAGCAUCCGCAGGGAGGCGGGCAGGAUCCCGGCCCUGGAGAUCCAGAGGAAGAUCACCAGGAUUUACUGCUACGUGUCCGUGGUGAGCCUGCAGUACCUGGGGCCCAUCAUCCUCAGCCUGCACUGCACCCUGCUGCUCAAAACGCUGGGCCAGCACUCCUGGGGGCUGUACCCCGUGUCCCCGGCCGUGUCCCCCGCCGUGUCCCCGGCCGUGUCCCCCGCCGUGCCGGGCGCCGAGGACGCGCAGGAGGCGGCGCAGGAGAUCUGGGCGCUGCUGCGCUGCGUCUGCGCCCCGCCGCUCCUGCGAGGGCUCUUCUCCUUCCUCACCUGGUGGGUGGCCGCCUGCCAGGUGGUCACCAGCCUCUUCGGCCUCUACUUCCACCGCUACCUGGCGGCCUCCUGACUGGCAGGGGCUGGCACGAGCCGCCCUGGGGACGCGGGUGCCACCGCGGGGUGCCACCGCCGCGCCCGCCCCUCGCGGGGACGCUGC